GGCAAAGCGACGCCAUGGCAACGGCAGGGAUCCCGGUUGAUGUGAGGGUCAUGGCGGCGGACGAGCCGGGCGAGCCGGGCGAGCCGGGCCACUACGGUUUCAGGUUCCUGCCUCAGAAGACGUUCCCGGGCCUGAGCGCGCCCGAGACCGCCGGCCGCCUGCGGCAGUGGUCCAUGCUGGGCAGGGUCCAGGCGCAGGCGUUCGGCUUCGACCGGCCCUUCCAGGCCUAUCGCAAGGACGAGUUCGUGAUGGCAUUUUUCAAGGACCCAAAUGUUAUUUCCAAUUUGAAGUUACUUUCAGAAUCUUCUGGAGACUGGGUUACAUUAGGAACUGAAGUGAAAAAAAUUGAAGCUAUAAACGUUCCUUGCACACAGCUAUCCAUGUCAUUUUUUAAUCGGUUGUAUGCUGAAAAUAUUGUGCGAGACAAUGGAUAUAUUGUGAAAUGUUUAGAUUCUUUUCAUGAUCCUUUUGUUAUUUCUGAUGAGUUGCGAAAAGUUUUACUAGAGGAAGACUCAGAAAAAUAUGAAAUAUUCAGCCCAGCAGAUAGAGAAGAAUUUCUGUUUUGUCUAUUCAAACAUCUUUGCCUUGGUGGAGCUCUCUGUCAGUAUGAAGAUGUGCUUAAACCUUAUCUGGAAACAACAAAGCUCAUCUAUAAGGAUCUUCUGAGUGUUCGAAAGAUUCCUCAAACAAAGAAAAUACAAAUAACGUCUUUUAUCUUUAAAGUUACAGCAUAUGAUUCUGUUGGUGUGUGCUAUCCAUCCACGAAGAUCCAUGAACAGACAUUUUCUUACUUUAUUGUGGAUCCUUGUAGACGUCACCUUCAUGUUUUCUACCACAGCUAUGGGAUGGGGGAAAUGUCCUAACCAUGUCUUUUUUAAAAAAAUGUUUUCCAUGUUUACGGUUUUAAAAAUUUACCAAUUACUAAGUUUUGCUACUGAUGGAUACACAUUUACUUUAUAUCCUAAUUCAAGUAAAAAUAUCAAGAAUCUGCUUAAGCAAAGAAAAUAAAUAA